CUCACGUGUAAUAACACUUGACGAGAUAAGCACGCCACUGGAUAAUCAGACAUCGUAUGUUCGCUGUAAUCAGUAUUUAAGAACAUGUUGAGCUGCCGGCGUCUGAUUGGACAACUGGCGAACCGAAGCCAGCUGCGAUGCUAUGCUACAGCUCGCCUGCUGGACCAGCGCUAUGUGGAGCUGACGCAGAAAAACGGUGAGCAACUCAAGUACCCCAGCGUCUGGCUGCGUGACAAUUGCCAGUGCCCGGAUUGCUUUUAUGCAGCGACGAGCACACGCAAGAGUAACUGGGAACGCGGUCCUUUGAAUGUGCGCGCCGAGACUGUACGCUUUGAUGUGCAGCGACAGCAACUCAUUGUGCACUGGCAGGAUGCGCACGAGUCCAGCUACGAUUUGAACUGGCUGCAGGAACGUGACUUUGCUAGCAGACAGCGAUAUCUGGAUGCAGUCUACAAGCCGCCAAUGCAGCUAUGGAGCAAAACGGAGUUUGCUGCGAACACAUGUGAAUUUGCCUAUAAGGAUGUGCUCAAGCAGGAUGCAGUGUUGCUGCAAUGGCUGGAGGCUUUGGCCGUGAAGGGCUUUGCGCUGUUGCAUGGCGCCCCCAACGAUGUCCAUGUAGUGCGCCAGUUGGCUGAGCGCAUUGGCUAUAUCAAGCAUACGACCUACGGCGAUGUGUUUGAGGUCAAGUCUAAGCCAAAUGCGGGCAACUAUGCCUAUUUGAUGACUCCAUUGCCACUGCACACGGACAUGCCGUAUUAUGAAUACAAGGCGGGCAUUAAUAUUCUGCAUACACUGGUGCAAUCGGAAUCGCCAGGUGGCUCCAAUACCAUGACCGAUGGUUUCUAUAUAGCGGACAAGCUGCGACGUGAGCAUCCUGCUUAUUUUGAGCUGCUGCGCAGCGUGCCCGUCAAUUGGUUCGACAUUGGUCACGAUGGCGACGCUAAGAAGCCGUUUCAUAGUCUCUGGCGUGCGCCCAUCAUUUGCCUAGAUGUGGAUGGUCAGUAUGCGCGCAUCAAUCAAAACACCACAAAGCGCGACAGUAGAUUCAGCGUGCCGCUGGAGCAGGUUGUAGCUUGGUAUGAAGCUUAUGACAUGUUUAUGCAGUUGGCUCAGGCAGAGGCUGUGGAGUUUAAGACCCGUCCCGGCGAUGUCUUUGUAUUCAACAAUCUGCGCAUGCUGCACGGACGCACAGCUUAUGAGGACUCACCAGAGAAUAAGCGGCAUUUGGUGGGCGCAUACGUAGACUGGGACAUAAUUUAUUCCAAGCUGCGUACUCUCAAGUUUCCAAAUGCAAAAGACUAGUAUUGUUUGAUUCAGCCAAAUAAAAUAAAA